UUUUCCUAUUCAUGCCAGGCAGGAAUUUUGGUUUUAGUUUUUUUUUUACACUAUCAGGACUUUAUCAACAGUGUUUACUGAAUAAUUUCUUAUCAGCAAAUAUACAGUAGGUACCUACCUAGUCAAUUAGCGUAACGAGUUUCUGUAAUUGCCACAUGUAUCAUUCGCAGUCCAGCUGUGCAUAAUUCAGUCGGGUUUGCUAGCUGCUGGACCAUCCGCCAGGAAUAUAUUUUCAUUUUUAUAAUUUAUUUGGAAUCAUGAACACAUUGAAGACAAACUGGUUCUCUGAGUCAUGUGAGAUGUGGCCCGGAGCCACAUUCUCAUUUGAGGUGAAGAAGGUUCUUCAUGAAGAGAAAUCUCCAUACCAGCAAAUACAUGUUUUUGACACUGCAAGCCUUGGGAGGGUACUUGUGUUGGAUGGAAUCAUACAGUGCAGCCAGAAGGAUGAAUUUUCAUAUCAGGAAAUGAUAGCAUUUUUGCCAUUAUGUGCACAUAAAAACCCAGAGAAAGUGCUGAUUGUGGGUGGAGGAGAUGGAGGUGUUGCCAGGGAAGUGGCAAAGCACCCAAAGGUCAAAGAAAUUGUACAGGUGGAGAUCGACGCGAAAGUAAUUGAGGUGUCCAAAAAGUACUUACCAUUCAUGGCAGUCGGUUUCGACAGUGAUAAACUGACGUUACACGUCGGCGAUGGAUUCGAGUUCUUAAAAAACCAUGCGCAAGAGUUUGACGUUAUUAUUACCGACAGCAGCGACCCCAUUGGCCCAGCGGUGCACCUUUUUGAAGAAAACUAUUUCGCUUUGAUGAAGAAAGCUUUGAGGCCAGGCGGAAUCGUAUGCUCCCAAGCGGGGACUAUAUGGAACGAUAUUGAUAUAGUCACAAGCACGCUAAGGUAUUGUAAGAAUCAGUUUCCUAUUGCAGCAUAUGCGUACGCGUCGGUCCCAACAUACCCUUCUGGACAGAUUGGCUUUGUGAUAGGCUCUUUGGAUGAAACAGCUAAAUUGGACACACCAACUCUUGUGUUUACUCGGGAACAGGAAAAAGCUAUGAACUUGAGGUAUUAUAACAGCGACACACACAAAGCUGCAUUUGUAUUACCCACCUUCGUUAAAUAUAUGCUAGCUUAAUAAUAUGGAUAUUUCUGAAAUGUACUUACAGCUACUUCAACUGAAGAUCUUAAAAAUACAUUUUUUUAAUACUUAAACUUAAUACAAAUUGGAUAUGAAAAAAAUUUUGUAUACUUUACACAGAUUAUUUGAAGCUCAAUAUUUUGAGUUUUUUUUUUAAUUAGAAUCGUUAAUGACUGAUAAAUAUUAUAUAAAUUUGUUUGGAGGGACUUUACUUGUGACACAUUAGUUUUAUUAUGUAUUUUUAUGAGUGCUGAGAAAGUUUCUGAGCAAAGAUGGACAAUGAACAUUGUAGGAUUAUGGGCGCUAAUAUAAGAAGCGUAAUAGAAGAUAUCUGUACAUCUGUAACAUAUCUGCACACUAUAUUUCUAACUAAAUUGAAUCUCCUCGUAUUAUCGAUAAUUUCGUGUGUAAAUUUCGAAAGAUUUGAAUGAAAUUUGGUACAUGGGUUGAAUGUAGCGCGGAAUGCAUCCAUUUCCACUCUCCGGCCCUCGCAACUAUCUCCACACCCACCAAAAAUCACCUCAAUGAAAUUCCCCAUUUGGACGUGAAAGACGGACAAAGAAUCACGUUCAGAUUUAUGAUUUUAAGUAUGGAUUUAAAUGGAGCAAAUUGAAAUUUCUUUUCUUUUCUAAAAUAAAAGACCUUAAGAAAAAAGUUUAUGGUUUGACUUGUGGCAAAUAGCCAAAUGUGCGACAGCGACUGUUUCAGAAACUUAAUACUUAGGUAUCACUUUUAACAUUCCAUUAAUUAUGCUCAUAAUAUGUUAUAAGAAUUUUUAAGUCUAUUUAAUAAAUGUAUAAAAAGAACGAAAAUAUAAUAUUUUGAUAAUAAUUAUAUUAUUUGUUGUAAUAACUGAACAUUUUUUUUUUUCGAAUAAGUUAAUUUAAGUAAAACCUUAAAAAAAUAAAUAUUGAAAAACAAAAUAUAUUUGAAACUAGAUUUGUAAGUAUAUAUUUACUUAUUUUUUAAUAUUUACAAACUAUUUGGCGGCAUAUAAAGAUUUACCUUUUGUAUAUUAGAAAUAUAUCAUAAUACUGGAAUACAGGUACAUAAGAAGUGAAAUUAUUAACUAAUAAUACUCAUGAUAACUAAGAAUAUUUAUCCUCAGACUAAAGAAGAAAAUGUAGCCUAUAAUUGACAACUCUAUGAAAUAAUGAGCUUGGAAGAUUUUGCGUCAUUGUUUUGAUGCUGGCAACACUAUCGCGGACCAGUUCACUGAACUUGGUGGAUUCGGCAUACAUUGCUAGUUUUUGAUUGCGGUAGAUGAAAGCAAUAAUUCAUGCAUUCGCGUCGGCAUCUGUCAGAGUUCGACGAUAGUGUUGUAGUCUUUAUCAAAAAAUUAUGACUUCCAAACAGAGUGGAAUAUUAUUAUCAUAUGUUUUAGAAUAUGCUUACUAUGUAACAUUUGUGACCAUCCAAAUCAAAAGGGACCUUAUGGCGCCCGGCACUUACGCCAUUAUUGCCGUUGUUUUGUAUUAGAACAACGGCAAUAAAUACCAAAGUGAUCAUAAGGGACCUUACGUCGGCUGGCACCAUAAGGUCCCUUGCCGGGCGCCAUAAGGUCCCUUUUGAUUUGGACGGCCACAUUUUAGUAUUUCGACCAUUAUAUCAAUUUAGCUGUAUUCCUACAUUCCGUUUUUACGUAAGGAUCAAAACUUUUUUUUUUAUUAAUGUUUUUUAAUUUUUAACAUAUUAAAAAUGUUAGGUAAGUGUAAUUGACAUGUUUUAAAUGUUUGCUCACUGCUGUGAUGUUUCAUAUUUUUGUAUAAGCAACAUUUUUUGUGCCUUUAUUUUUUAACAAUGUUAAAUCGAAACAAAUACAUUAUUUUUAUAAUA